CAGACUGAUUGGCAGAACACUAACAUACCACAGGUACAGUACUCUGCCUUGGCUAAAACGUACAAAAUAGUGAUAAUAGCAUCUAAUUCUGCUGUCAUGGAACACGACCACAUCACCAGGCACCAUGGUAGGGAGAAGACAGACCACUACCUGACAGCAGAAAUGAUUGACAAAUUACCUGACCAUCUGUGGGCACAAGGUCCCACAGAUGUAGGGCUAACAGAUUGCGCACCUAUCACAUUCUCAGUUAAUACUGAUACACCACUGUGGGUACGUCAAUAUCCCCACAAACCACAGGCCGAGACAGGGAUUCAGGACACAAUAGAAGGACUAAUUGAGAAGGGUGUGUUAGAACCCUCUCAGUCAGCCUGGAACACACCAAUCCUCUCUGUGGAGAAGAAAGUAAAUAAGACAGGUAAAUACUGCAUGGCACAUGACCUUAGGGCAAUUAACAACAUUUUGACCACACCCACUGUACCGGUACCGAACCCAUAUGUGGCUCUAGCGAACCUGGACCCCUCUCAGAAUUGGUUUAUCUGCAUAGAUUUGGCUAACGCUUUCUUUUGUCUUCCCCUAGCAGAAGAAUGCAGAGAUCUGUUUUCAUUCACCUACAAGGGUUACCAGUUGCGAUAUACUCGGCUGCCACAAGGGUUUGCACUUUCUCCUGGUCUAUUUAAUCAGGUACUCAAAGAAGCACUGAGUGACUGUCCUUUACCCAACGACAUAACACUAGUACAAUAUGUAGAUGAUCUACUGGUAGCCGCACCUAUAGCAGCCUCUUGUAUCAACGUGACACGUUUCGUCCUACAACACUUAGCAAACAAAGGUUUCAAGGUAAGCAAGAUCAAACUUCAGGUAGCUAGAAAGCAGGUCUCAUUCCUAGGGCGUAUGAUAUCACAAAAGGGGGUCAGCAUGCCUCCAAAACACAGAUGAACUAUUUUAUACCACCCUAAGCCAAUUAAGGUAAAAGACAUGCUCUCCUUUUUAGGCCUAACAGGAUACAGCCGUAGCUAUGUAGCCAACUACACGGACUAUCGGUUACCAUUCUACCUAGAUGUCUCUGGAACAGAAAACUGUGUUAAUGGCAUUCUGUUCCAGAGAAAAGGGGGAGAUAGAGUAAUACUGAUGUACAUAAGUGUCAUGCUGGAUAACAUGGAGGAGGCACAUGGAGUGGGACAUGUGGGUGCGGUCCAAAUGAUGAGAAAUUUUGAAAAUUGGUGGCAUCCUUUCCUGAAAGAUAUGGCCCAGUACUUAAUCAAAACAUGUGAACAAUGCACAAAAUUCAACGCUAGACGAACUGUCAGACCAGAACCAGGUAGGUACCCCUUAGAGACAAAGCCAGGGAGAGAAGUUAUUAUAGACUACACGGAUUUGAUAGACUCAGAUGGCCAGAGGCAUGCCCCACCAAGAAGGAAGAUGUUCUCUCCCCCUUUUGAGGAUCCUGCUGAGGACACCAUCCUGCCAUCCUCCUGUAUAGUGGGUGCAGCCAGGUGGGAGAUUGAGCAGCUGGUCCAGGAUGCCCUUGAGAACCAUCCGGCCCCAGAGGGAAUCCCACCCAACCGGCUGUUUGUGCCUCCGCCUGUCCGAUCUCCUGUGCUCCAGAGUUCAUCUCUGCCUGCUCAGCCUGUGCCCGCAGUAAGGCUCCACAUCGUGCUCCUGCUGGUCUCCUUCGCCCGCUUCCUAUUCCCCACCGGCCUUAGUCUCACAUUGCAGUGGACUUUGUCACUGGCCUGCCACCUUCAGAAGGACAUUGUGUCAGACAGAGGGCCACAGUUCACCUCCAGGGUUUGCCAGGCUUUUUGCCAGGCUAUGGGGGCAUCGGCCAGCCUCUCUUCUGGUUACCAUCCACAGACCAAUGGCCAGAUGGAGCGGGCAAAUCAAAGUAUGUCCCCAUUUAUGGCCGGUAAUGGUUUCCAGCCUCCUCUCCCCCGGCGUGAAGCCCAGGCAGCUCUCACCUGUUCAGCAGCUCGGAACCAGAGGUACAUUGGCCCUUACAUCAUUGACCGGAUCAUUAACCCCUGUGUGGGGGUGUGGCUGGCUCCUCCCAGUAGCAGCAGUGGCUCACCUGUUCCCACCCAGCCCAUUACCUCCACCUCAUAA